AUGGCGUCUUCUUCUUCUGAUCCGGUCUUAAAGCCAGAAAUCGGCGGCAGCGGAUGUGGUGGCGGAGGCGGAGGAGGAGGUAGAGGUGGAGAGACUUCAGAGGCGGCGGUGAUAGCAAACGAUCAGUUAUUACUAUACAGAGGACUAAAGAAGCCAAAGAAAGAAAGAGGAUGCACUGCAAAAGAAAGGAUUAGCAAGAUGCCUCCUUGUACUGCUGGUAAACGUAGCUCCAUUUACCGUGGCGUCACCAGGCAUAGGUGGACUGGUCGAUAUGAAGCUCAUCUUUGGGAUAAGAGUACAUGGAACCAGAAUCAGAAUAAGAAGGGAAAGCAAGGGGCAUAUGAUGAUGAGGAAGCUGCAGCUAGGGCAUAUGAUCUUGCUGCUUUGAAAUAUUGGGGCCCUGGAACACUCAUUAAUUUUCCAGUUACUGAUUAUACGAGAGAUCUUGAAGAAAUGCAGAAUGUCUCGAGAGAAGAGUAUCUGGCAUCACUUCGCAGAAAGAGUAGUGGUUUUUCCAGAGGAAUCUCAAAGUAUCGUGCACUAUCUAGUCGAUGGGACUCGUCUUAUAGUCGCAUGCCUGGAUCUGAAUACUUCAGUAGUGUAAACUAUGGUGAUGAUCAAGCAGCUGAAAGUGAAUACAGUUUUUGUAUUGAGAGAAAGAUAGAUCUGACAGGCUAUAUUAAAUGGUGGGGUUCCAAUAAAACUCGUCAAGCAGAAUCUAUCACAAAGUCAUCAGAAGAUACAAAACAUUGCUUUGCUGAUGACAUUGGCAUUGAACUUAAAACAUCAGAACGAGAAGUACAAUGUACUGAGCCAUACCAGAUGCCCCGUUUAGGCUUAUCUGUUGAAGGAAAAAGGCAUAAAGGUUCUACGCUAUCUGCCUUGAGCAUUUUGUCACAGUCAGCUGCAUACAAGAGCUUACAAGAGAAGGCAUUGAAAAAUCAAGAAACUAGCACUGAAAAUGAUGAGAAUGAAAACAAAAAUACUAUCAACAAGAUGGACCACGGCAAAGCAGUUGAGAAGCCCACAAGUCACGAUGGCAGUAGUGAAAGGCUUGGAGCUGCAUUAGGAAUGACGGGGGGAUUGUCUCUUCAAAGAAAUGUGUACCCAUUGACUCCUUUCUUGUCUGCUCCCCUUCUGACCAACUACAACACAAUCGAUCCCUUAGUAGACCCCAUCCUUUGGACGUCUCUUGUUCCAGCUCUUCCUACUGGACUUUCUCGAAAUCCUGAGGUUACAAAGACUGAGACCAGUUCAACAUAUAGUUUCUUCCGGCCAGAGGAGUGA